AUGGAGCCUAAGACUCCAGUAGAAAAGGAAAGAAUGUCCAGGGUACCAUAUGCCGGUGCCAUUGGUCGUUUGAUAUACGCAAUAAUGUGUACUAAACCAGAUAUCAUCUAUGUUGUUGGGCUAGUAAGUCAAUUUAAUCAAACCCAGGACUUGAGCUGGAAAGAAGUGAAAAUGAUAUUAAGAUACUUAAAAGGAAUGAUGAACUAUAUCCUAGUUUAUAGAGGGAAGGAUUUGUGGUUGUUUGGAUAUUUUGAUAUUGACAGUGGAGGCGAUGUACACGAACGUAAAUCCACAUUAGGAUAUGCUUUUAUACUUAAUGGAGGAGCUAUCUCAUGGAAAAGUAAGAAGCAAACUUGUCAUGCCUUAUCAAUAAUAGAGGCUGAGUACAUUACAUGUUGCUUAGCAGUCCAAGAGGUUGUUUGGCUAAGAAGGUUCUAUAAUAUUUGUCAGUUGUUGAGUCAGCAUCAGAACCUAUCAAAAUUUGGUGUGACAAUAUGA